GUUAGAGAUUUAAAGAGAGAUUUUUUGCGGUGAUCACACACACACAUACACAUGUAGCGCAUGUGUUACGUAACGUUUCCAUUUCGCUCUCACCCCUUUGACGAGGAUAUGUGAAGACUCGGGGGAAAAGAGAUUCUGGUCGUUUAGGUCGGCGAGGGACCUGCCGAUCCCAUGACCGUAAUUCGCAGCAGUCGUUAUUUACCGCCCGUGAAAAAAAAGGGACAAGAAGAAGCGUCAGCAGUCCGGCAGAAAGAAAAUAGAACGAGUAUAAUCUGACGUCUCUCGCAAAUUCUGAUUUUGGUGGCAAAACGGCGUCUUGUUUGUUGUCAGUCUUAUCGACGAGAACAAUGUCGUUCGAUCGCUACGGAACAAUGGAUCGUCAACAAGAUCGAUUGCGUACGGACUUCAAGUAUCCGCACAAUUGUUACACAACGGCCUGUUGCAAGGGCGAUCCGCCGUUUCCAGACUCGAGUAUACAAAUGGGAAAAAUCGCGCACACGUACGAGACGACGGAACGUCGUGAAUCAUCGCCGCCGGCGGUCCCGGUCGGAAGAAUGCAAAUUCGUUUAAAACUUUUGGAAGACACCAACGCGAUACUGUAUCUCAGAAAUCAGGAUCUCACCGCGAGAAACAAGAGCUUAGAAAAGCGGCUCGAAGAUACCGCGAUUAAAAUAGAAAAACUUGAAGAGAACGUGUCAACGUUGCAAAAUGAACUGAGUAACGAGAAACGUAAAUUGGCGCGAACAAACCAAACGAGAAUGGACAAAGUUUGCGUAGAAAAAUGCACGUCGUCGUCGAAUAUCGUUUCGAAAAUCGAUCGCGAGUCACAAAUUUGGGAAGCCUGCGAGGAUUGUCACGGGAAACUUGAUAGUUGCCAGAAAGAACUAUCCGCGGUCACUAUUACGAGAUCGGAGUUCGAGUUACUGGAGAAGGAUAUACGAACUUUGAGGGAUGCCGUGAUUGCCCGGGAAGAAGACUGGGAUAAAGCGAUGAACCGCGAGCGGAAUUGCCGGCAGCAAUUAGCAAGAUUGACCGCAGAAGCGAUCACCGCGCGUCACCUUUGCGAAACUCGCCAAGAUGAACUUUGCACGGUUAACGAGGCUUUAACGCAAAAAGAAUCGGAACUAAAAAUUAUGCAGAAGGAAACGCUUUAUCUAAACAAGUUAAUUUCUCAACUAUAUUGGCGUCAAAAAGAACUCGAAGAAUGUGCGAGCGGAAAUGUACGUUUUAAUAUUAACGAAAAGGAUCAAAGAUACAUCGAAGAGAUUGCACGGCGAGUAAAGAGCUUUAAGAAGAAUUCGAAAACAAAAUCCAAAUGCACUUCGGAUAGAUAUUCGAACUCAAAUAGUCCUCGUGAGAGCAAAGAUGGACGGGAUCUAGCAGGUUCUUCGGGAGACCAUCGAAAUUGAAUUCACAAUCGACAUGUUGUGACGCAGAAAAUCGCAUUGUUGUUUAUUUUGUAUACCCUUUUUUUUAUCGUUUUUUUCUACUAUAAUAACGGUGUGUGUGUGUGUGUGUG